AUGACGCCCCCGUUACUGAGACUCCCUGCGGAGCUCUUACAACAAAUCCUGGGUCACCUAUGUCUUUCAGACCUCCUCUCCGUAGGGUCGGUAAGCCGGGUAUUGCAGGAGCACGCAAACCAGGAUAUUCUUUGGCAGCGACUAGUACAGGCGGAGAUUCCAGGGCCUGCUGUGUCCAAGCCAGUGCAUCGGUCCUGGCGGGAAUUGUUCAAGGAGCACCAUCCUUAUUGGUUUAUUGCUGGAAAGAAGCUAUGGUUCGCGGACAAUGUGCACACUGGAAAGCUCAUUGUAGCGCGCUAUGAUCAUCGACUCAACGCAAUCGAAGCAUAUGAACUUGUUGCCGAGCGCCGGAUACCCGAGUCUCUGUCGUGGGACCAGCACCCAGAUGCCAUUAUCCAUACCUUCAGUCCUCGAGUACAAUUGGAUCUGAAUGUUCCCGUAGUCCGACUGAACAGCAGCGCCUAUGAAGAAGCGAUUGGACGCGUCGGUCAUCGACUGCAGAAGGAAAUACCAAUGAACUUGUCUCGACACGCAGUACUGCGCUCACAUUUGCUGCUGACCAGACCCUGGCCCGAGAGUAUCACGACGGAAGCGACGCCUGUGUGGCCUCCACUUACGGUGCCCAGUGUUCAUCGCACUCGCAACGACCAGUCGCCUUCUGGGUUCACACAAUCUGGGCACAAGCCUGGCUUACUCAACCAGCUGUCUACUUCGACAUUUAGAUUGCGCAAGUGGAUGCAGUUUGCGACUCAGUCAAUAAGAUUCAACAUGCGAAUUGGCGAGAACAUUUCAACGUGGGCGACGCUACCCGAGGAGUGCUACACUCCAACUCGACAAAAACCAUGGCAGGGCAUCUGGUGCGGCGAUUAUGCCGGGCAUGGUUGUGAGUUUCUGGUUGUCAUGCAGCCUGACGAUCCAAGACCUCUUCCAGAACGAGCCGAGUGGGCUCUGCGAGCAGCAGAACGCGAGGAGAGUGUAAGCAGUGAGGGGUCAUGGACUACUGCACCUACCGACGCAGCGCAUUCUGACGACGAAGAUGCCCAGAUGGAAAGCGCCGAUGAUUUGGAAGAUAGUGUCGCAACUCUGCAACAGUCAUAUCAUGAAAGAGCAUCGGAAAGUCGCGGCCAAGCUGACGCACGACACGACGGCGAUGCAGUCUACCGUGGCCGGAUCGAAGCAGUCAAGUUGACGGGUGACCCGAACAUACCGAGAGGAGAGUAUACGUUCAUUGCACCUGACAUUGGCCCGAACGGGUUGUUGAGGGUGGCAAGCGAGGAAAUCUUUCAAGGCGCGCGAAUAGUACGGAGUGUAGGGCACAUUGCAGCUACGGGAUUUCGAGAUGAUAACUAUAUGGCAUCGCAGCUCAUUCUAAUAUCUCAUGACCGGAUCGCGCAAUACUGGGAGACGUUUGGUCACGUGUCGUUUUAUGAGCGAGUGGACAUUGAUUCGUUCACAAGGGUUUAA